GUCCCUGUCAGCUCGCCUUCAGUUAGUUUAGUAGGCUAAGUAAGGAGAGAGGAGGGCUGUUCCCUUUCGCUUCUGCUCAGUCUGCUGCUCAGCACGCCGUCAACACACAUUCCACACCAUGGCUGCCACGGACGUGGACGUAUUUUCGAAUGAGGAGAAACGUAACCUCAGCCUGGGCGGCCAUGUUGGAUUCGACAGCCUCCCUGACCAACUGGUCAGUAAAUCGGUCACACAAGGUUUUUGCUUCAACAUCCUCUGCGUAGGAGAAACUGGCAUUGGCAAAUCAACGUUAAUGAACACAUUGUUUAACACCAUGUUUGAAAAUGAGGAGGCGAGCCACUACCAGAAUGGUGUGUAUCUGCGGCCGCGAACCUACGACCUCCAGGAGAGCAACGUCCACCUCAAACUAACGAUUGUUGAUACUGUUGGGUUUGGUGACCAGAUCAACAAGGAGGACAGUUACAAGCCAAUUGUGGACUACAUCGACACCCAGUUUGAAAACUAUCUGCAGGAGGAGCUGAAAAUCAAACGCUCGCUGUUUAACUACCAUGACACCAGGAUCCACAUCUGCCUUUACUUCAUCGCCCCAACAGGACACUCCCUCAAGUCCCUGGACCUGGUCACAAUGAAGAAACUGGACAGCAAGGUCAAUAUAAUUCCCAUCAUUGCCAAAGCGGACACAAUCUCCAAGAGCGAGCUUCAUAAAUUCAAAAUCAAGAUAAUGAGUGAACUCGUGAGCAACGGCGUCCAGAUCUACCAGUUCCCGACAGACGAUGAAGCUGUUAGUGAGAUCAAUGCCUCCAUGAACGCCCACCUGCCAUUCGCUGUGGUCGGAAGCGUGGAAGAAGUCAAAGUGGGGAACAAAACAGUGAGGGCCAGACAGUAUCCCUGGGGAGUGGUGCAAGUUGAGAACGAGAGCCACUGUGACUUUGUAAAACUCAGAGAGAUGCUGAUCCGGGUCAACAUGGAGGAUCUGGAGGAGAUGGGCUUUAAAGACACAGACCCAGACAGCCAGCCCUUCAGUCUUCAAGAAACAUAUGAAGCCAAGAGGAAAGAGUUCUUAGGGGACCUGCAACGUAAAGAAGAAGAAAUGAGGCAAAUGUUCGUAAACAAAGUAAAAGAAGUUGAUAGUGUCCUGAAAAACAGGAAAAAAGAACUGCAUGAAAAGUUUGAGCAGCUGAAGCGGAUGCACCAGGAUGAGAAGAGGAAGGUGGAGGAGAAGCGGAGGGAGCUGGAGGAUGAGAUGAACGCCUUCAACAGGAAGAAGGUGGCAUGUGAGACGCUCUCAUCUCAACCCCUCAAGAAAGACAAGGACAAGAAAAAUUAAUUUUUGAGGCGCAGCACACCCAUCCACACACGACCAUGGAUUUGUCCUCCAUCACCAUACCAACGACCACAUCUGUGUUUUCUUUUUUUGUUUGUUUGUUUUUCUUUGUCUUGUUUUGACAUUCCAUCUUGACAUUGUGCACAUGGACCUAAGACACUGAGGAUGAUGAUGAUGGUGAAGCCACAGGAGAGAAAAAGAGUGAAAGAUGGUGAGAGAGAGAAAUAUUCACGUCCAUCAGUGGCCAUCUCAUUGAUUCAGGAUCUUUCUAUGUGAUUGUUGGACAUUUUUUAAAUAAAUAUAUUUGUUUAUUUUAAUUUUUUUUGUUGUUUUAAAUAUUUCUGUAUCUUUUCUUUCCUCAUUAGCCACCCAAACUGAUUAAAUCUUGUCAAGCAUUGUCAUUUCGUGGUACUACAAUUUUGGAAAUAUGGGCAAAAUAUGUAUUUAAAGAAAAUAUAAAAUAUAAGGGGCACCCAGUUUUUAUAGGCCUGAUGUUCAAAUCAAAGAUUAAAAGGUCCUCAACUUUUUAGAAAAUGUAUGACCCAUUUAAAAUAUUCAGAGGUAAUUUGUCUUUUUGUAACCCUGAGGAAUUAGUUUAGUAUAAUCAGUCCCUCAUUAGUGAAUAAUACAUUAAAAUCUUAGCGUGUCAAGCAAUAACUGAGUACCUGCACUUAGAGGUACUGACAACUUAACAUGUAGUCCUACGUCUUAAAACCUAUGCAAUAUUCUAGUGCUGUAAGUCAGUUAAUGUAUGUGAAUAUUUUCUUGAGCUUUCCAAGCUUCCAGUAAUAUGCAAAUAUGUACUAGUUUUUAAUAUGAUUAAUGAAUAUGAUGCAAGAAGCCCAUUAAAGUGUGUACAUUAUUUGUGAGUGACUUAACUAUUGUAAACCUUGCGUGAUCGUUUUGUUACGCCAGUGGAAUCACGACUAUGAAGCCAGUAAACAUUUAAGCCUCAACUCGCUGUAGGAGAGUUUACGCUCAGACAUGGAGAAGAGAGCAGCUGUAUUUACUGUCUGUUGAUGCAAAUAAAUGCAAACCCUCCCUCCGAAA